GGAGAGAAGAGUCUAUAGGAUAACAGUGCAACGAGAAGAUCAACCGUUCCGUAGCUCACAGUAGAUAUACGAUAUUCAUUCAUAGAAUUUUACUCUAUUCACACAGAUAAACGCAUAAAACAGUUCCUGCGACUACACGAAGUAAAUUUCAACUCUGCCGAAAUCAGCAGCCCCGAAGCAAUCGAAAGAGAAAAGAUAAAAAAAAAACGGGACGAAAAAAACUUUGUAUAUUUUUUGAUCCGUUAUCGUUCGAUUUUUGAAUAUGAAAAUAUAAUACCGUGGAGUAUCGAAAAUACACGCUUCUGUAACAUAAGAUUAUAUCGGGCAUCAUGGUUUAUACGGCACGGCGUCCUUUCAUCGCGAUAAUCUACAAGGAAGCCGUUUGUUGAAACGCGAGGAAGCAGAUAUAAUAUGCGUAGAGAAUAUCAGACGUAUAAGUGAAGUGAGAUAAAGUGUUUUUUCGGGGUAGAAACAGCCCGGCGGGCGAGCGGGCAGCGGGAGCCCAGCAACAGGAGAGUUCAGGAUCCAUGCCUGAGGCGUCGGGAUCGGGUCAAGGCCUUGGCCUUGGAAUGAUAGGAGUGGUGGAUUCGCUUUCCGACGAACCAGACUACUCGACCUUUGAGAACAAAAGUGGACUUGCUGAGGACAUGAAGUUUCUCGCAAGCAUGCCCGAGCUUUGCGACGUUACCUUCCUCGUAGGCGACACCCGGGAGCCCGUCUGCGCUGUCAAGGCCGUUCUAGCAGCACGAAGCAGAGUAUUUCAUAAGAUGUUGUACCAAGCACCGAGCCCUCAGCGUAAAAAAGAUCCACCGCCACGCGAGAACAAACUACGUCUUUUUCUUAAAAGAAGUUCAGAGCCUCUGCUUCUACACCCUCAGAACUCAACUCAACAGCGGUCAGGCUUCAUGCAGCAGCUGGCCCCAAUUCAAGAGCCCCAGGCAAACCAGCACCAUACAUUGAUUAUCGAAGAAUUUGAACCUGAUGUAUUUCGUCAACUUAUCGAAUACAUUCACACGGGAUGCGUUACACUUCAACCUAGAACUUUGCUAGGGGUGAUGAACGCCGCUGAUUAUUACGGUUUAGAAGAACUGAGAAGAGCUUGCGCCGGUUUUGUUCAAUGUUGUAUAACGGUUGACACGGUAUGCGCACUUUUAGCGUCUGCGGAACGAUAUAUUCAAUACAAGUGCACGAAAUCUCUAGUUCAAAAGGUUCUAGAAUUCGUCGACGAACAUGGAAACGAGGUUCUGAAUCUCGGUUCGUUUACUCUGCUACCGCAACACGUGGUCAGAUUGAUAUUAGCUAGAGAAGAACUCCGAGCCGAUGAAUUCACGAAAUUUCAGGCGGCGUUGAUGUGGAGCAAAAAGUACUUCGACAGUAACCAGAAUACGCCGUUAAAGGAUGUGAUUGGAAAUUUCUUGGAGUAUAUUCAGUUCCACAAAAUACCAGCGAAUGUAUUAAUGCAUGAAGUACAUCCACUGAGUUUGGUUCCCUACAACAUAAUAAUGAAUGCUUUGGCCUAUCAGGCAGACCCAACCAGUGUCGACCCCGGGAAACUCUCCCCACAUCGAGUGAGACGUCAGGGUCGAAGUAUGUCGGUGCAAUCAUCGUUGGAUCCAUACGGUAGUAAUACAACAUUAAGUUCAAGCGGAAGUGACGUCGGUUCGGAUCAAAAACAAAAUUCGGGUAGCAACUAACCUCCAGCCGCGGCCGCCCCAGCUGCGGCCGCAAUCGAAAUCACUGAUACUUCGACUACUCCAAUAAAUAUAAUAACAACAUCUGCUGAACACGAACCUCCGUUAUUAGUAGCAAGAGAAGAUGUCGAUGGUAAUUUAGCAACCGCAAAUUUAGGCGGUCUUUAUAUACGUUUUGUACUCAGGCAGGAAGGUCGGGCGGAUCUUGUUUGGCUCUACAAAACCCACAAGUUUUGAGCGAUAUCUUCAUCAUCAAUAUUCUAUUAUCAAAAGUACACGGAAAAUUUCGACGUACGUGUGAUUGGAAUUGAAACAAACAUAUUCUUAUCUCUGGGACUCCUGUCACGUCUCGUCUUUGGUAUGAUGAGAAAAAUCAUAUGAACGCGGGAGAAAAUAGAGGCAACAAUUUGAAGGAAUUAUUUUUUUCCAUCGACGCGAUCGUCAAAAAAUUCGAGACUUAUAUUCUUGAAUAGAUUCCUCUGUAAAAAAAAAAAGUCUGACUGAACUUGAAUCGCAUAAUUUGAUAAUCGUGUGGAUGACGUGAAAAGAGGAAAAACAAAAAUGAGGAACGCGUUAAAGGACUUGAAAAGGGGGCAGAGAGUCUUUUUCGAACGAUGAAAAAAUCUCCUAUUUUUUCUACCCCUUGUAAUCGUGUAAAUUAUACACUCCGAUGAAAAUUCACAUAUUAAUUACUAUCGUGAUAAUAUAUUGAUAGUUAUAAUAUAAAUUGAAAAUUAUUUUUUGCAAUUACACCCAUUAGCAUAUCUUCACAACGUCUUCGUCUCUACAUAUCCCUGGUGUAUCGUAAAAUUUACAUUCGAUUAUUUGUUAUAUAUAAUAAUAAUAUUAUAUUGAAUAAAUCGAGAUUGCGGUUAAUAUAUCGUCGAACGAUAUUAUUUUAUAUUUUUUUGGGUAAUCAGCUCAAUUUUACGAUCAUUAUGAAUGAAUGUUCUUUUUACGUAAAUCUAAAUAAAAUUUAAACAAAAUAAAUAGAUAAAUAAAACUAUGUCGAGCAACUAUAUAAACAUACAAUAAAAAUGAAAUAUAUAUAAUAUUUUAACAUAUCCAUCGAUAAAACGAUUAAUAUACAUAUAUAUAUAUGAAUAUAUCUAAAUAACGAUAUAAUGACAUUUAAAUUAUAUAUAUUUGAUACAAGAGAGAAAUUUAGAAAAAGAGUCACAGGCUGUUUUCCCGUUGUUAAAAAGUAAAAAUGAAUAAACCAAUAAAUUAAAAAAAUUUCAAUCAAAUAUUAUAUACCUAUAAUACCGGGAUCGCAUUUUUCAUUCUUUCGUUACACGAUGUAUAUGAUAUCAGAAUACUUUAUUAGAAUCAAUGAUAUCGAUUUAUAUCAAUAUAUUCUAUAAAUUAUAUAAAUAUGUAAAUACACAUAAAUGCCUGCUCGUCAAUAAGUUAUUUUUACCGACAUCAAUGAUUACUCGAAAUCACGAGAUUCAAAUCGUUCGUUGUUUAUCCCGUUUCAUUUAAUUAUCAUGUGUCAUUCGCUUUAAAAUGAAACAUCAGUCGAUUGACAAAAAUUAAAAAAAACUGUUUAAACCUCACUUGCUGUGAUCCUUAAUAUUUCCGCACGUACUUAUACUUGUUACAUUCUCGAUAUAUCUUCGCCUUCGCUAUACUGUUGAAUAUUUAAAUCAUCGUAACUAAAAUAUAUUCUCGUCUUGUUUUUUCACAUCGAAACCCGAACUUGGUAUACAUUAAACUGUUAAUGUAAGACAGCGAUAACGUCGCGUGUUGUACCUAAUAAACUACGAAAAAAAUUCGUAACCGAGAGAAAUAAAAGAGAAGAAAUAUCGGUAGCCUUCCCUUAUAUCUUUUAUUCCUUUUCUAAUUCUACAUGGACGUUUGUUGCUCGUCAAAUAUUCUUGUAUUACCUCAUAUAAAUAUAUAAUCUUCCCAAAAACACAAAAACAAAUAACAAAAAAACACAAAUUUAAAAGAUGAUAAUAAUAAAUUAAAA